AGAAGAGAGACAACAGGACAAGGAAGAAAGAGACUUGAAGGGACAUCUCAGAAGAAGCAGCUUGAACUUCCCUCCUGCCAACGAAGUCAGCGCCAUGGACACUAAAGGCUCAUUUUUCUAUGGCUUCCUUUUGCUGCUGCUCAUCCAGCUCCAGUCCAGCAGAGCCAACCCUAUCUACAGCCUCAGCCCUGCCAAAGAACUGGCCAGCAUGGAGGCUCUGCUGGAAAGACUGGAGGAUAAGUUUGCAAUGAUGGAAGCCCUGGAGGCCAAUCCCGACCUGCAAGAACCCAAAAGCCAGGAGGAGAUCCUGCCGGAACCUGCCGAUGACAGUGACAACCAGAAGGAUGAACCCAGGCUGGCACCCAACACCCCUCUGUCCUACAGGGAGCCCUUCCUCAAGAGACUGAGGGGGCUGCAGAUGCCCAGGAUGAUGAGAGAUUCUGGCUGCUUUGGGAGGAGGAUUGAUCGGAUCGGCUCCCUGAGCGGGAUGGGUUGCAAUGGUUCCCGGAGAAAUUAGGAUCAACCUCCCUGGAACCUGCUCUGAAGAAUGCUUUACAGUACCCCUUCCUCCCAAGAUGAAAGCCAGAUGCUUUCUAAGCUCCUCAACAGAAAGUUAUUCCUAUUUUUAUUUAUUUAUUUAUUUAUUUAUUUGAUGUUUUUUAAAGAACAUUUCUUACAUUAGCACUGACAGACCAUCUUUAAAUAAAACUAACACAUUAGACAUCUGUGCUGGACCUCUCUCCUGUCUGUUGCAUUAAAUUUUCUUGUAUUUGCCUAAAGUCAAAAUCUUAAGUUUUAUUGAUAUUCUGGUACCCACAAGCCUGGAUCUUACUUAUAUGAGACAGAGAAAACUUAGCAAAAAUGAAAAUGAGUUUUUGACUAGAGGCUUUUCCUCUGCAGUAAGAAAUGCUAAGAGGUUAGCAGGAAAAAAAAAAAAAAAAAACCAAACCAAAAACUUGCUUAACAUUGAAAGAUCGUCAUGAGUCCCCCUAUAGACAGGGUUUCAGUGACAAGAGAGUCCUUUUGCUGGUUUAAAUUAUUCAGUCAUGGGAACUGCCACAAAUGCCUCACGUAAGCAAAAGUUACAUGAAAAGAAAUAAAUGAAAUCAUACCACUCCACAAGUUUCAAGAUAACCAGAGGGAGGAAAGGGAAUUCAUUGUAUAUGCUUUCUAGCAGUGACCAAAUAAAGGUUACGAGCAUCAACAGAAAGAUA